AUGCGUCUUCUCCCUCAUAGUGUCGUGGUAUGCACAUCCAACCAACCCGGCGACGGCCCACGAGCUAUGACAAUGUCAUCUUUCACCUCUCUUACACUUACGCCGACACCCCUUGUUACGUUCAACAUUGCGAUACCGAGCAGAACGCUGGAUGCGAUAAGAGCAAGCGGGGAGUUCAACGUGCACGUCCUCUCUGGGGAUGAGCGGGGCGCGAAUGUAGCAAGUCACUUUACGAAAGGCAAUGUUGGCGGGCAUGCGUUUCAAGGACUUGAUUAUACGCAAGAUGGCGACGAGGCACCAGUGUUGAAGGAAGAUGGCGUCAUGUUUGCAUUGCGAUGUAAGGUGCUACAAGAUGCGCCGGAAGAGGGUCUUAUGAGAGUGAGAGAUCAUGUCAUUGUGGUUGGUGAAGUGGUUGAGAUGGUGAGAGUUGGAGAAGAGCAGGAUGAAGAUUUUGGUCUUGUAUAUGCGGAUAGAAGAUAUAGACAGGCUGGAGGAGUCUUGGAGAUGUAA